AUGGCGACCACUGCCCAGUGGUUAGUACGACUGGGCACUGAUUCGCAGAGGGCGCGCAACCUCACGAUGCCCUCUCACGCGGACAGUCCCAUCGUGCUAUACACCUUGGUGAACCUGGCAUCGGCGCUGUUCAAGUGGACCUGUUGGGAGACCACUCCCACUAUGAGUGAGUUUGACUCUAUGCGGGCGGAACUGGAGACCUUGACAACUCCCCUGGCCCGAUGGAGGGCGGAGUCACCCGCAGUUUUAGGGUUUCGCACGGCCGCACUGGUGGACCGUCCCGGGGCGGAUGGCGCACAGUGGCUGGCAAAGCUGGGCUUGCCCGUGGGCCAAAUCCAGCUCCUGGGCAGGUGGAGUUCAGCCGCCGUCGAGCGGUACAUUCAGACCGCCCCUUUGCGGUUAGGCAAGAAGACCUACAGCCCUGCACGACUGGUGGCGCUUUUCCGGCCGCGAGCACUACCGUGGUCGAGUCAUGUCAGAACCGGCAAGGGUGCUGGUACACCGGUGAGUAGGUCACACAUCGUGCACAUCGGGGCUGGAUCUGAGCAUGACGGUGACGGGCGGCGGCACAGCCAUGGCCCUGGAGGAUCUAAGGCUGGCAGCGGGAGCGGGCCCAGCCAUCAUGGAGUACUUCGCUGCCAGGGGAAUCAAGACAGUCCCCACCUUGGCGCUCAUGGCCGCCUCGAGAGUCCAGCCGCUGGUGGACGGCUACAGAAAAGGGACCACCGCAAUCGUUGCGAGGAGGAGGAAAAACCCAUAGCCCAGGCGGUCAUGGAGCACAUGUGGCGCGAGGCACAGAUGCAGUGGCAACAGAGACAACAGGCGGGGGCGGCACAAGGAGCCCCCACGGCCCCAGCACAAGGAGCCCCCACGGCGCCUGCCACUGGAGCCACGUCGACAGCGGACAAGGCGCCCAAGCAGCUGCCGGCGCACAUAUGGCAGCGCCAGGUGGCCAGGUACAAUGCCAUCACUGUGGACGGCAGACCUCGCCGCUUCCCCGAGAAAGAGGUUCUCGGAGCAGAACAGGAGGACGAUGAGAAGCCGUGGACACCGAGAUCUGUCCUGGCAGUCCUGGACGGCAUCAAUGCCGUGCGCUGGGCAUGGAUCUUGCUGCAGUUAGGUGAGGAGGACCAUGUCCAUGACUUCUGUGACUGGUUCGUGCAGAAGGUGAGAGCGAGGCCCCAGAAACUGGAACAACGCCGGGCAUUCUGGGACAUGGCCGGGUGGAAGAUCGCCAUGGGCAUGAGGUCCGGCAAGACCCUCGGCGAGACAACCUCCGAGGUAUGUGUCGAUGUGGACCUGUUCAACGAGUGCCUGACCAAAGAGUUCCCCAAGGACACCACCACCAAGACCGGGCCGACCCAGAAGCGCGCAGCACAGGAUGAUCAAGGGCCGCCGUCACAGCCACAACGACCCACGAGCCUCAAGGCCUUGCUGGCACAAUACAGGUCCAGAUACAAAGGUGAGGACAUCAUCAUGCUGUCCUUUUGCGAUGGGGUGGCCUCCGCCCGACUGGCACUACAGCUCCUGGUGGGCACGCCAAGGACGGCGGGCACGUCCCUCCCUGAGGGCAACAAGUUCGUUCAGUUUGCCAAUAAGCUGGACAACUUGAAGGAGUUGCUGCAGGGCAGAAAGAUCAUCGUGGUGGCGGAGAACGUCAUCAUGAAUGACCCAGCCGACUGCGCUUACAUGUCCCAACGUUUGGGUGCAGAGCCGGUUGUGCUUGACUCUGCGGACGCCUCACUGGUGUCUAGACCACGGCUGUGGUGGCUGAACACAGAAGAGAAGAUCCAGUGGCCACCACCGGCCCGCCACAAGCUCCGCACUUCGGAGGAGGCCAAGCAAAGGUGGCUGACUGACGGACGUCAGUUCGCCCCGUUACCGUGCAACGACAUGUGGGAGCACUGGCGCAUGUCCCAACGCUUGGAUCACCCCGCCAUGUUGGCCAGGCCGCUCGAGCCAGGUUUGUCGGCCACCGUCCAGGCCUACGCUGCCCACUGGCAGACCCUGCCAGAUUUAUGGCGUGCAGCAGUGGAGGAGAUCAGGUCAUUGGUCAGGGAGUGGGAAGAUGAGACUCACUCCUGGUUCUUUGGUCUGCCGGAGGAGAUAAAAACCGUGUACACCACCAACGGCCACAGGUAUGCCCACCCGAUGCCACAGAAAGAGUUCGAGCGGGCCAACCGCGACUACGUCCGGGCCAAGCUCAGUUCGGCCACGCCCAGUCCGCACUGGAGACCCAUGCUGGAGGAGCUUCUGGCCGACCGGGCCAAAGGCAUUUGCCGCGGUGUGCUUCGCCGUGGUCCAGACGGGGAAGAUACGCCGGUGCGAAGAUUUCCGGAGGAGCCGCCACAACGAGACGGUUGCAGCGGAGGAUUCCCCGGCAUACACCGAUGUCGAGCAAUACAUCAGACUAGUGCAGAAGCUGCAGCAACUGCGGCAAGGGAACCCAAUGAUCUGGCUGCAGGAUCUGGAAGGGGCCUACAGACAAGUCCCGGUCGAGCAGGAUCGGAUAGCUAUACCUUGCUCAUCACGCCGGAGGGUCCCACGCUCUGGCGCCACCGCGCCGCUCCCUUUGGGGCCGCCGCAUCAGUAUGGGCGUUUUGCAGAUUCGCCGACGGAAUGGUGCCGGUCGCACGGAGACUCCUGUGCGUCCCGCAUGGUCACUUCGUGGACGACUUCACAGGCGCUGAGCUGGAAGCUACGGCAGAGAGUGCAUGUUCCACAUUCAGAGACAUGUUCCAAGAACUGGGACUAUGUAUGAAGGAGUCCAAAGAACAGCCUCCCAAGACCCGCCAGAAGGCACAGCGGUUGGCAGGGAAAUUAGCCUUCUUGUCCACCACGUUCUUCGGAGGCUUGGGCAGGGCAGCCCUACAGCCGUUCUACGCGCGGGCCCACGGCCUAGGCGCGGUGAUUUACUCUGACGCCUAUUUCACUCUGGGCGAAAAGAUGCUGAUGGCAGGACAGGCCCCUGAUUUGUGGCACCCAGGCAAAAGGAAACCACAGGACAAUGGAUGGGGCUUCGUUGUCAGGAAGGCUUUCAUCUAUAUGAUGGAAAUACUGGCGGCGGUCAUCGCCGUCACGGCAAUGCAGAGCCACCUUCCUCAGUUUCUCACGAUGCUCAUGGACAACACAGCGGGCCGUGCUGCACUGGAAAAAGGAUACGGCAAAGACCCGCAGGUGAACGCCAUCAUCACGGCGUACUGGUCGCUGGCAGCACACCACCAGUGGCACCCUGCAAUCCACUACGUGAAGUCAGCUCUGAAUAUCAGCGACCCCAGCAGCCGUCAUGAGGUAGCCUUCGCGAGGCAGCAAGGCUGGCACGAGGUGUCAAUGGAUACCGAACCUUUCCUACUGGCCAUCAAGAAGUUCGCCUCAGACCCUUCAGCCGAAGUUUCCUCUCUGCUGGCCGACAUGUUAGCUUGGAGGUCAUGCACACCGAGCGGUUUGGUCAGGAUGCGCGGUGUGGUCGAAGAUGCGCAUCCAGCUGGUCAGACAGGUGUGACAUCGAACCAACCAGCAGAUGAAGGGCAAAAAGGUCUGAGAGGCAGCUUCGAUGCAUAG